ACUACGCAUUGAUAAUCUUGCGGCGGCGCUCAACCCAAUCUUCCUACGUGCGACCUAUUUUCUAUCUCAAUUCAAGCUCCAAAUCACAGAUGAAAAGAAAUGGAGUUAUUAGACGACGAUUGUAGUUAUUUGGAUUAUCUCGAUUCAAUCCUCGUCGAUCAAAACACAUGUUCUGAUCUCUUUUGGUCCAAUCCAAGUGGCAGCGUGGGGAAUGAUUUAUCAUCGUCUGAGUUUGUGCCACAAGAACAAGAAAAUACGCGUAAGAGGGCACGAAAUGAUUCCUGCAGGAAGCCGGGAUCCAAAGCCUGUCGCGAGAAAUUGCGACGUGAGAGAUUGAAUGACAGGUUUCUUGAUUUGAGCAGUAUUUUGGAACCUGGGAGACCUGCAAAAUCUGAUAAACCGGCUAUACUUGAUGAUGCAAUUAGGGUUUUAAACCAAUUAAGAACUGAGGCCCAGGAGCUCAAAGAAACUAAUGAAAAGUUACAAGAAGAGAUUAAAAGUUUAAAGGCUGAGAAGAAUGAACUUCGCGAAGAGAAACUCAUUCUGAAGGCGGACAAAGAAAAGAUUGAACAACAGUUGAAAGCAAUGGCCCAUUCAACUGCUGCUUUUAUGCCAGCCCACCCGGCAGCAUAUCAUGCUGGGAUGAAUAAGAUGGCUGUUUUUCCUAGUUAUGGUUUGAUCCCCAUGUAUCAAUAUUUGCCUCAAUCUUCACGUGAUACAUCCCGUGAUCAUGAGCUCAGGCCCCCUGCAGCGUAGCUUUUUAACUUGGCAUCCCCGCCUAAUUCUAGUCAUUUGAAUAAUUUCUCAAUGAUUUGUAUUGUUAACUUACAAAAGUUUUGUAUUUGCCCAUCAAGGUGUACAUACAUUGCUUGUUCAAUUUGCCUAAUUUUUUAUUUAACUAUUGGCAAAUGAAUGGAAGGAUUGACAGGAA